AUGGAUGACGAUAAGUUGUUCCAGAAGUUUAACUCUUCGUUUUCUUCGUAAGUAUUAUGUUCUACAUAUCUUUUUCUUGUUUCUAUUAUGUUGUAUAUGUCUUUUACUUUUUUAGGGUGUUGAAGAAGAGUUUUAUUCCCGAUCGUCGGUAUGAGGCGCUGUUGAGGUAAGUUUCAAGAAGAAUAAUGUUUAUAUAUGAUUUAGGUAUGCAGAGGUGGUGAAUGAGUUUUGUUUGCCAGCACAUAAGGCUAAUACUCUGAAGAAACUAUUGCUGAAUGCUUUGAGUAAACCUCAGUUUGAGAACGAAAAAGAGUUGGAUGCGUUGCUACGGUGUUAUAAAAUGAUGGUAUGUUGUAUCUUUAUUGUUUUAAUUUUAUUUUUAGUCUAAAUUGAGCACGUCGAUGACUCAAAUUGAUUUCAUGCAGAAGCUGCGACCUGAUUAUGGUCAAUAUUGGCAAUUUUAUGUUGUCUACGCUGAAGUUUUGUUAGAGAUGGGUAAAGAAGACGAACUGAAGGGAGUUUUUGAAGAAUGUCUAAAGAAAUGUGACAUUACUAGGGAGCAGUUGUACCAAAAGCUUCCGUGAGUUGUUUUUUAUAUAUUGUUGAAGUUUUAGGCGUCAGUAAGUACUUUUUGGAAUGUGUGCUUAGUGUUAUUGUUUGAACUCUUACUUAUUUAACAUUUAGCUCUUACCUUCAAGUGAAGGCAGGAGUAGCGCCUGACGAAGCGACGAUGAUGUUGUUUCAAAAUAAUGUUACUAACAAAGAGAAUGUUGAGGAGUCAAUACUGUUGUUUGAUGAGAAGUGCGAUACGAAAGACUUUAGUAUCUUUGAUGACAAACCGGAUCAGUGUGGUUCAUUCGUCAGUCGUACGCCAGUUGUGGCCAAGAAGUCGGCUUCGAAAUUCAAAGGAACUCCGAUGGUGGUUAGUGUCACUAUAAUCAUUAUACUUUGAUAUUUAAGUGAAUGAGAUUAGAAUCAUGGGUUUUAAAAUUAUUGGUGAAUAGGUUAUUUUCAUUUGAGCUUUAUUUGAACUUUUCAGAAGUUACUGUCUAAGGAACAUGAGCCUUUGCAAGGCUUCUUUUCUCUGGUCGGUUAUCACUUGGCCAAACUGAUUUCUACUGGGAAGUUGAAGGGGAUUUUACAUCCAGACAGAGUUUUCUUCACAGAAAAGUAAGUUGUUUAUAUUAAGACGGCUUGUUCAGAAAGUUAUUGGCUAUAAUGUAAUUUGACUACAGUUUACCAUAUUAGUGGUAGAUUUUUAACGGAAUUUUUACGAAAUUAGACUUAUACCGAAUUAAUAGAGCCACUAAAUAGAUAUGUUAUAAUCCAUGCCAUUUUUAAUGUAUAAGAAUAUGUUAUCAUAAUAUUAUUUUUUCCAAAGAUAUUGCUGAUAUUGUGUUAGAUGUUUGAGUCAAAUUUUAUUUUUCAGAAUCAAUGCAGACGCUACUUUCGGAGAGUUAUUAAAACUCAGAUUCAUUACUGUUUACGAGGGAAUACCAUGCUCAGAAGAACGCGAUACAGCUUACGGGUUCUUGUCAGUUAUCCAUCAUCUGAUGUUUGGAAAACCAAUGAAGGUUAAGAAGAUGAACGCUUUCUUUUUGGACGGUACUAUUGUCAGCUCGUACGUUUUUUAAUUGUUAUGCAGAUUUUUGAAGUUAUUGUUAGUAUCAUGACUUAAAAAAUGUAAAAAUAGGUAAAAACUUUUAAUAAAAGGCGGUUUUAAUUAAUUUAAUGGUACUUAAAGUUGACAAUUUAGUGUUUUACAAUGAAUAAGAUAUAAAUCAUUGAAAUUUUUGAGUAUGUUUGUUACAGAACGUGGACUGAUGGUGUCUUGUGGAGAAAUCUGUUCGCAUCGCUUUUGAAUUCAAACGACGAUGUCAACUGGAAGGAUGUGACUGAAAAGUUACAAGCCGUGAUCGAAGAGUACGUGGAGUACGAAGUGCCAGAACUGUUUGAUUCUUUGAAAGAGUUUAACCGUCUGAUGAAUGCUUAG